UUUUAUAUUUGUUUUUUUUUUUUAAUGUUUUUAUAGUUUGAUAUUGUCGAAGGGCUCAAAAUUAAACUACGGAAUCUGACAGCUAUAUCAGUUUUAGAAAAAGGCAAUAUGACACCAUUUUUCAUAUCAUGGACAGCAGAACAUUUUUGUAAAGUAACUGAGAAAAUAUUAAGAGCUUAUCAAAAAGAACAAAAACUUCAUCAAAGUCUUCUCUUGAGAAUAGCAGAUAGCACAGACCCUGAUAUUCUGUUAUUUUAUCUUUCAUGUUGGACAUACCAACCAUAUUUAGAUCAUACCAUAGAAAAAGAAUUAAAUUGCAUGAUUAAAGAGACUAGACAUGUAUAAGUUAGUUUAACAAUAAAAAGAGCUAAAAAUAA